GAGAAAAUAAAAUUAAGUGCCUGAAGAACAUAAAACAAAUUAUUGUGAAAUUGUUUCCCACUUUAUUAUGAAUACCGUAGGAAAGAUAUUUUUUCGUCAUACGCGAAGUAGCAUAGCUGCGUCAAGUGGAGAAUGGACUGUCAAAUUAUUUUAGGUUGCUAGUUUCGUAACAUGCGUGUUAUGUAGUGAAGCUUGCUUUUGCGAAUAUUUUUUCUGAAAAUUCAAAAUCGAGUUAAAAAUAUGAGUUUUGUCAAGCUAGUAGAGGAAAAGUUAAAAGCGAAAGACUACAAGAAUGUAGCUACAGUUUUACGCGAUGAAAAAAAUAAAGCGAACUUACAUGCAGACUGUAUGGAGAUUGUUUCGGUGCUAAUCAGCCAUCUGACUGAAGAAACUCUUCGAGAUGAUUUUACAUUAUUCACGGCUUGCGAAGAUUUGCUGAAGAUUGUUGCUGGAAAAUGUAUUCCACAGGAAGUACUUUUUGAACUACUCGAGCGAAUUGAGUUGACAAAAAACGAUGAUGCUUUCACUAGUUUGCUCAAGGUGUUACAGGUUGUUUUACUAAGGUUGAAGGAGAACAAAGCCCGUUCAUUGGAGUGGAGCCUAAACUCAGUAUCAUGUUAUAUUACUGGGAUUUCACUACCAGAUUAUAUGGCUAAUAUUACAGAAGAGGGAGAAAAGCUUCUAGAAAGCGAUGAAACAAUACGGCGCAUCCUGCAGCUGUAUAUCACUGUUCUACUAUUUCUGGAACCAAUUGUCCAAAAGUUCACUUCUGUCCCAAAAGAAGUAUUCUGCAAAACGGGAAUAACGAGAAGAAAUGUAGUAAUAUGUUUCAUUCUCCAGUUAAUGGGAAAUCCUUUAGUGUUUCUUGAUGUUCAUCACUCCGAAGGAUUAAACAGCAACAAUGCAACUCCGGUAAAGUUUGGUGACAAGACUUACACUCGCCAGGUAGCUGAAGAACUUGUUUCAGCACUAAUGAACUUACAAGGCGAUCCUUUCCAUUUGCUUCAAUACGGUGAAAGGCGUGCUCGGUGGCCACCGAAAAAAGCACGAAAAACAACCGGUGUAUUUGAGGAAGCAUCACGUGAUAUAUUUAUGAGUGAUGAAAAAUGUCCGUUGCUGUCACUGGCGAUGUUGUGCUAUUUGUUGUUCGGUGAAAACCUUUCAACGUCGUAUCCUAAAGUAUACCUACCUCAGUAUAUUUACGAAAUAGGACUGUAUCACUGCACUCAGUUGAUGAACCAUCAUCAGGCUGUUGUACAUUACAAAGGAAUUCUAUUAGCCCGUAAUUUGGAGAAAGUUCUCGGUGAUGUGAAGUUGAAAUCAGAUGACUUGGAUCUCGCCAUUCAUCAAUUGUUUUGCACAAGUCUCUCUAAAAUCAUCGUCUACUCCAGUGUUGAACGAAAUCGGAAGGAAGGGACGUUCUUACUGCGAAAUUAUAUAUAUAAGUUCGACGCCGACGGCAGGUACUUGGUUAUCGCUAAUCUGUUCAAAACGGUCCAACACAACGGACUUCUUUCGUUCAUUGCAACAAUAUAUAAAGAUUUUAUACAUAAAGAACUCAACUCGACUGAUAGUCCGAAUCCUCGAUUUACCGGCCAUUAUUUAAAGCAUUUGCUUAUGAACGAGAUAUGCGUAUUGAAGAAGGGUAUUGAGACGGAUCUUGUGGAAAACUCCGACACGAUAAUAUCUGGGCUGAACAUUCUGCGUUUUCUUCUUAUUCGCGAUAAGCACAACUAUACUUCGAUUUGGAGCUACAUCGCAGAGAUCGACCUUAAUUUUCUGCAACCUUUGAGAAAGUCAAUCGAUUAUGCAAGAGCUCAUUUCAAGGAAGAGCAAUCUAACGUUGUUGCACGUGGAGAGGGUAGCAAUCAUACCGAUAUGGACAUAUCCAUAGACAUUCUCAACGGGGACAAUUUUCCGAAGCUAACUAAAGAUAAAAAAUUAAAUCUGCUCGCAAUGGCAUUGAAUAAUUUUGACCUAAUGGAUUGUAUAUUGGCAAGAGUUGUGGAGUGUAUGAAUGCAAAACCAAUUCAUUCAACGUAAAUCACGAAGGUAUGCAGUAACAUAUAUUUAGCAUUGGACAAUUGGUCGAAGUGUAUGAAGAAUAACAACAAUGAAGAAUAUAGCAAUUGGGUCAUAGCUCACCUUAUUGGCCAGUCACGAAGAAUGCCAAAAAUUAUUUUUGCCUAAUAUUUUGGCUAAGACUGCUUGUCGUAAUUAUGGCGAGACUUCAAUUGUUUAUUAAUAUAGCUCAGCGAUUAAAUAACGUUUUACCAGAAAAUUAGCAAAAAACAUUAUUUGAACAAAAUGACAAAUCCUUUUAUAAGAAUGUUGCUAAUUGUACGUGCGCGAGAGAAAGCUUCGAAAUCAUUCCCGCAAUUUAAAUCGCGGUAAAACCUACUCUAUAUUUAAUAACUAACAAUGAAUGUCCCCUCAAUGUACCCUAUCAUUACGUAACAUGCGAACGUGCCUCCUUUACCAAUCCACCAUCAACGAGGCCAGUUGCUCCUGGCCGAUUUGUUCAAUAUUCAAAUCAUCAACAUCAACAAGAUCGGGCACGAAUCAAAAUGGUCGUCAUUUUCUGUUGAGAGAACUGAUGUGAAUUAAACAGAAGGUGGCCAAUGUACUGGAUACUAAGGUGUGGCAAUGCUGUAUUGCUCUCUCGCUCAAUUUCUGUAACUUUAUUACGUAAUAAAGUUCAACUCCAUAUAUUUUCCAUAUAUCUGCUGUCCACGUGCUUUACAGAGAUCGAGCGAGAGAGCAAUAGCAUUGCCACACCUUAGUAUCAACC